UCUCCGAUCCUAUCGCGCGCUGCGUGCAGGCGACUGCUGCGAGGCCGCGCACGUGGUCACGAGCCGGCCCGGGGCCUGUAGCUCACCCCUUAAUCGCUAGUUAGUUUGUAAUCGCUAGUUAGUUGUUGUUGUUGUUGGUGGUGGUGGUUGUUGUUGUUGUUGGGGAGCGAUGUCGCGCGUGUUCGAGGGUUUCCGCGCGCUCGGCUUGUACACGGGGCCCGUGCCGCACGUGGUGCGGGUCCACAGGCGGCACCAGCAGGCGUACGUGCUCACCGCGGUGGGGCCCCGGCUGCACGCUUACAACGUUAACAAGCUUGGAAUUGUCUCCAUCAGCAAUGCCCUCCCAGAAGACAUCAGCUGCCUCGCAGCGAACCGCAUGUUGGCAUUUGCGGCGUACGGAAGCAAGAUCGCUACCAUCGCUCGCGGGAAAGAGGUGGUGCACACCUACGAAGGGCACUCGGGAGAAGUCCACCUCCUCCUGCCGUUCGGAGAUCACCUGGUGUCCGUGGACAGAGACAACGUCCUCGUGGUCUGGGACGUUCAGACGGAAGAGGAGUACCUGAGGCUGGAACCCGACCCCCAGGUGUUUGGAAUCAGCGCCGUCGUGCACCCCAGCACCUACAUGAACAAGGUCUUGCUUGGCUCGCGGCAGGGCCCUCUGCAGCUGUGGAACCUCAAGACUGGAAAGCUGCUCUUCACAUUCAAGGGAUGGGGUUCAGAAGUUACUUGCCUGGAGCAGGCCCCAGCGGUGGAUGUUGUCGGUGUGGGCCUCCAGUCCGGCUCCGUGCUCCUGCACAACAUCAAGGUCGACGAGACGCUCAUGAAAUUCCACCAGGACUGGGGCCCUGUCACCUGCAUAUCCUUCCGCACAGACGGUCCGGCCGUAAUGGCCACAGGAAGCUCCCUGGGCCACAUUGCACUCUGGGACCUGCACGACAGGAAGCUGUUGGCACAGAUGCGGGACACGCAUGCGGCCGCCAUUGCCGGGGCGACCUUCAUCCACAACGAGCCGCUGCUCCUCACGACGGCCGGGGAUAACGCCAUCAAGGUGUGGGUGUUCGAGUCGGCGGGGGGCAGCCCCCGGCUGCUGCGCGAGCGCUGCGGGCACAGCGCCCCGCCGACGAGCAUCCGCCACCACGGCCAGGAUGGCUUCAACAUCCUGAGCGCCGGACAGGACGGAACGCUACAGUCCUUCUCUGUGGUCCACGACCGAUUCAACAAAAGCCUGGGCCGCGGCUCCAUCAACAAGAAGAAGUCAAAAAAGAAAGGGCUCAAGCUGGACACGAUGAAGCUGCCACCCAUCUGCGCGUUCGCAUCAGAGACGGCACGUCAGAGCGACUGGGACGGCAUCGUGUCGUGCCACCGAGGCUUCGUGAGCGCGAGCACGUGGAGCUUCCUGCGCGGAUCCAUGGGGAGCCACCGACUGGAGCCGGAGAACAUGAAGCGCAACCGCACGGACCCCACCACCGCCACGGCGGUGACCGUCUCUCCCUGCGGAAACUUUGCGAUCAUCGGCCUCUCCUCCGGCCACGUCAACGUCUACAACCUGCAGUCGGGCCUGCCGCGCGGCUCGUUCGGCUCGCCCACGGCUCACAGGGGCCACGUGCGAGCCGUUGCCCUCGACCAUCUGGGUCAGAUGGCCGUGUCGGUCGGUGGGGACUCGGCACUGCGGGUCUGGAGUUUCAAGUCCCGCGCGCUCCUCCACGAGACCGUUCUCCCCGCCGCGCCGGGCGGCGCCAUCCUGCACCGCGACAGUGGUCUGCUCGCCGUCUGGUGCGACGACCUCUCCGUGCUCGUGUUUGACGUGGAGAUGAAGAAGAUCGUCAGGGUCUUGAACGGGCACGGCGCUCAGAUCACAGAUGCCACGUUCAGCCCGGACGGACGCUGGCUCCUCACGGCCUCAAUGGAUCGCAGCGUGCGGACCUGGGACCUGCCCUCGGGCUGCCUGGUGGACGUGCUCGCCGUCUCCUCGCCCGUCGUGAGCCUCUCCAUGUCGCCCACGGGCGACUACCUGGCCACAGCCCUGAGCGACCACCUGGGAAUCUACCUGUGGUCUAACAGGAGCAUGUACACGCACGUGUCCCUGCGGCCGCUCCCGGCUGACUACGAGCCCAGGACGGAGGCUCUGCCGGGAGGAGCUGCUCACGGUGGUGACGUCGCGGUGCGAGAAGAUGAGGACUUUGGCGACGACGUGGACGGGGGCGACGAGGCGAUGGUGUCCGAGUUCCACUCCCCGGAGCAGCUCUCCGAAUCGCUCGUCACCCUCUCGUCCGUGCCCGAGAGCCGCUGGAAGAACCUCCUCAACCUGGACGUCAUCAGGAAGCGGAAUAAACCCAAGGAGCCUCCCCGUGCCCCAGAAAAGGCUCCAUUUUUCUUGCCGACCACUCCAGGGCUGACACCGGCCUUCUGUGCCCCGGCCAACGCGGACUCGCAGGCCGUGACCAAGGUAGUGCAGCUGGGCCACUUGAAUCCCAAGUCGGAAUUCAGCCGGAGCCUCGAGGAGGCGUGGGAGUCGAACGACUUCUCGGGGCCCCUUGGCGAGCUCUCGUCGCUGCCCCCCGGCACGGUGGAGUCGGAGCUGCGGGCGCUGGGCCCCGCGUGGGGGGGCUCCCCGCUGCUGCUCGCCGCCUUCCUGCGCUCCGCCCUGCACGGCCUGCGCUCGCGCGGGAACUUCCAGCUGCUGCAGGCCCAGCUCGCGCUCUUCCUCAAGCUGCACCUGCGCGAGCUGAGCGAGCACGAGGAGGUGGUGCGCGAGCUGGCGCAGGUGAGCGUCGCUCACGAGGACACCUGGGCCGAGGUGCAGCACCUGAUGCUGCACACGCUGUGCGUGCUGGGAUACACUCGCAGCGCUCUCUUCUGAGAGCCGUGACGGGGCCCGCUCUCUCUCCGGACUGUUGAGACGCACGUUUAAAGGAAAGGUUGAGGGUGCUACUUAUAAUCCGGUAGCUGCGUGUGGGUGUGUGUGCCAUACGACAUUUGAAUAACUUUAUUGGCACCGGGCACAAGUUUGGGAUGCGUCGUGCUUUCUUGAUGCGGUACCUACAUCGCGCGUACACUCGUAAGCUCGCUCGCAACCUGUGCGCGGAUUUCCACACUCCUCGCCUGUACUCUCAUGCUCAAUUUCAAUGAAAAAAUGGGAAGUUUUACUGGGUAGUGGUGUAGCGUGGCUGGCAUGGUCCCAGGCGCAAGGAAUUAAAUGGGGAAUCCAAGUCUACGCCACUGGUACUGGGCUAUUCCUGGACUUGUUUCUUAUCCAAAUCUCAGGCUUGUGCAGCACAUGGUGGUAAUUGCCCAUCCUGCUUUGUCCCCACUGCUUCCUCCUCUCUGCGGCUGCAGGGAAGCGAUCGUAAUAUUCCUAUUCGGUUUCAAUGUACGCUUGCCUUAGCGUACCUUAUUCCAAACAAGAGUGUAAUAUCCUAAUUUUCUGCCGUGUUUUUUUUCACGCAACAACGCCACCAUGGGGUUUGACCUUUAGCGGCGAGCGAUGCCAUCGACGGCAAUGCUCUUCCGCGUUCCCCUUGUGACGUCACAAACGUUCGAGUUCCGAGGUUGGGCCUGAGUGAGAGUGCACAGCUCCCUGUGAAGUAAGGGAGCCACACUGCCCAGUUACAGCGAAGCCUCGUUGAGGCCUGGCUUGUUCCCAUGUAUGUAUGUUGACAUUUUUUCUAACCGUACGUAGCCAACCGUGCUAAUUGAAGGUGCAGGAGAAGGAUAAACUAAACGCCAAAAGCAAUGUGUAGUGGUGUAAAAUCUAUAGGAUCUGUAGUGCUACAAGACUAGAAUCAAUAGUGGUGUAAAACCAUAAGCAUCUGCGAGUCGAAUUUAAAUUGAUUCAUCCACGCACGACCACGUACGUGUACCAUGUCCGAAAGUCUUGACCAUUUCCCGUGAAUUGUUACUUAAUUUAUUAACUCGUGCAAAACGGUGUUGUGUAGAAUCACAUCACAGCCUUGUUCAUUUCUUAGUCGCAAUUGCAUGUUCACGCCACUGCUGACCGAAAGGGGCCUCCUCUCGAGUUAUUUGGCCUAAAUUUUGAUUUAAAGCUUUCGUGACUGCAGGGAUUCAUCUUCUUGGUUCUUUCGGUAAAGUCACGUAGAAUGGAAAUAAUAAAAUAAUAAAAAUAAAACAUAAU